UUAUUGUCUUCCGUGAGUUAGGAUUUAGGAGUAGUAUCAUUAUAUAGGUACGUUAGAAAGACCAUUCAAGGCCUCUCUACACCUUCACGUCGCCCAGCAGCAGUUAAGUGCCGUCUAUACUUACGCGAAACGCCAGCACGCAAUGGCAUCCGGCUACGGCCUCAACGGAGGCCCGUCGCGAUGCUUCCCCUUCUGGCAAGAGGUCCUGGCCUGUUAUGUGGUUAACACAUCUGCCGAGGAUGACUCCGGGAAGAAGAAAUGCGCACCUGUUCUAGAAGAUUAUUACGAAUGCCUACAUCAUAAGAAAGAGGCCGCGAGAGUAAAAGCCCUGCAAGCUGCAUACCGAAAGGCAGAGGCGUCAUCCACACGGGAGAACGCGCCAAGUGCUGGCCAGAUAAGAAGCCUAGGUUUGAUAGGCAAGGAGGACGUUACCAAACAGGUGCUGGGCUGAUGAUGGAGCUCCUGCUCGAUAGCAAGCUCUCAACUGUGUACAUACUAGAUUCUCAGCAGGACGCCUACAGAGCGGACCCCGCGGAAUGGAGAAAAGAAGAAAUGCCCAAAGCCGGCCGGUUCUUGAAUAAGGGUAGCCUAGUAGGUACCCUCUGCAUCCGGCAGAGAGGGCUGUUUGUGUCGUGUUGCGUAGGGAGAAGCCCACAGCCAGCACAUACGUGGGCAUGUCUCUGCGAUUUCCCAGAAGCUCGGGUUCGUGGGCACAGUCACUCCCGCUAGGCAGGUAUAUCUAUAUGUGUGUUUUGCCCUGUUGCCGUUGCUGAUGUUCCUGCUGCUGCAACAGCUUGU